UAUUUUUCAUUACCACUUGUACAGUUGUACCAAACCAAAAAAAACAUCGUCGAAGCUGAGAAUUCAUCUUCUCUUUCUCCAUCUUUCCCUCUCCGAGACAAGAGAUUCAAAACACAAAGAAAACGAUGGCGUUUCAUCACAAUCAUUUCAAUCACUUCACCGACCAACAACACGAGCCUCCUCCUCCUCCUCCGCCGCAGCAGCAACAUUUCCACGAAUCCGCACCGCCUAAUUGGCUCCUCCGCUCCGACAACAAUUUCCUUAACCUCCACACCGCCGCCGCUACAAGCUCCGAUUCUCCUUCCUCCGCCGCCGCUAACCAGUGGCUCUCCCGAUCCUCCUCCUUCCUCCAACGUGGCGCCGCCAGCAACAACAACAACGCCGCCUCAGGUGACGUCAUCGACGACAUCAACGGCGGAGAGGAGUCGAUGAUAGGCGAGAAGAAGGAGGCGGAGAGAUGGCAGAAUGCUAGGCACAAGGCGGAGAUACUCUCUCAUCCACUCUACGAGCAGCUUUUGUCUGCACACGUGGCGUGCCUGAGGAUCGCCACGCCGGUGGAUCAGCUUCCGAGGAUCGACGCACAGCUCGCUCAGACUCAGAACGUCGUGGCUAAGUACUCAAGCUUGGAAGCUGCUGCUCAGGGACUCAUCGCCGGCGAUGAAAAGGAGCUUGACCACUUCAUGACGCAUUAUGUACUAUUGUUGUGCUCUUUUAAAGAACAAUUGCAACAGCAUGUUCGUGUUCAUGCAAUGGAAGCUGUUAUGGCCUGUUGGGAGAUUGAGCAGUCUCUUCAAAGCUUUACAGGAGUGUCUCCUGGUGAAGGCACAGGGGCAACAAUGUCUGAGGAUGAAGAUGAGCAAGUAGAUAGUGAUGCUCAUUUGUUUGAUGGAAGCUUAGAUGGGUUAGGGUUUGGUCCUCUGGUUCCUACUGAGAGCGAGAGAUCCUUAAUGGAACGAGUUAGACAAGAACUCAAACAUGAACUCAAGCAGGGUUAUAAGGAGAAAAUUGUAGACAUAAGAGAGGAGAUAUUAAGGAAGAGAAGAGCUGGGAAAUUACCAGGAGACACCACCUCCGUUCUCAAAGCUUGGUGGCAGUCUCAUUCUAAGUGGCCUUACCCUACUGAGGAAGAUAAGGCGAGGUUAGUGCAGGAGACGGGGUUGCAGCUCAAACAGAUAAACAAUUGGUUCAUCAAUCAAAGAAAGAGGAAUUGGCAUAGCAAUCCAUCUUCUUCCACCGUCUCAAAGAACAAACGCAGAAGCAAUGCAGGUGAAAAUAGCGGAAGAGAGCGUUGAAGUCGCUGUGAAGCUCCCAUGGAGAGAUCCAAUAGCUUGACAGAAAGUUGGAGACAUGAUCAAGACAAAGCUCUUACGUACAAAACCAACGCAGAAAGUAAAUUUUGUGACAUUACAUGGUUAUGUGACUUCAUAUUUCGUAAUUAAUUAUUAGGGAACACCGAACACACAAAACCCAAAAGAAGAAGAAGCAGAAACAUGAUUUGUAAUAUUGGGUUUUAGAUGGAAUCUACGAUAAAAUGCCAUCUCCACCAUCAUGAUAUCAUAUAUAUUUUGUGAAUAACAUGGAGACGUUUCUUUAACACUUGUGCUAUGAUUGGCCGUAAUUUAAACCUUA